AUGCUUGUAGCCACAUUGCUCUUUGUGUUGGUCGUCAACUCCAGCUCUUUUAUUCUAGACGGACUUCCAAAGGCUGUGAACAUAUAUGUGUCACCGCAUGGAAAUGACCAUAACGAUGGACAAGAUCUUCAUCAUCCAAUCAAAACCAUCAAAAAAGCCGAGACCCUUCUGAGUUCACCUAGUUUGCAAAAUACAGAUGUGAGCAUCAAUUUACUACACGGCUACCAUGAUUUGGACGUUCCGCUGUACAUACAUCGACAGUCCCCCCACACACUCACCAUCCAGGCUUAUAACGACCAGGAAGUCCAUGUGACGGGUGGGAAAAGGAUACCUAGUAACUUGUUUCAUGGAGUGACUGACCAUUCCAUCCUUCACCGUCUCCCGGCUGAAUCCCGGAACAAGGUAUAUCAAGUGAGACUGUCUGAUGCGGGAAUAACAGACCUUGGACAAUUAACUCCUUACGGUUUCUACACAAUCAGACAGGCACCAUUAGAGAUAUUCUAUAAUGGAGCCCCUCUCCGGUUGGCGAGAUGGCCAAAUAAAGGUUUCAUCAACAUAAAAAAUGUCCUGAGUGGAACUCAUGGGCGGCGCUUUUCUUACGACAGCGACAGACCGAGGAGGUGGUCAUCCGAAAAUGACCUGUGGACUUACGGAUAUUGGUAUUGGAGUUGGGCUGAUUUGUCUGCUAAGGUCCAGUCUUUAGACGCCGUACAUCACGAGGUGGAACUACAACAUGCUACUCACUAUGGUUUUAGGAUUGGACAUUUCAACAACCAGUCUAAUGAACAUGUAAAAUAUUCCAAUCAGGGUGGAUACUUCAGAUUCCUUAACGUUUUGGGCGAAAUUGAUGAGCCGGGAGAAUACUAUAUUGACAGAUCCACGGGAAUUUUGUACCUUUGGCCACCUACUUCCAAUGGACUUAUAAGCAACCAUGAUGUUAUUUAUUCGUCCCUGAUAGACAACUGUAUAAAUUUUGAUAGAUCCAGCAAUUUAGUUUUCAAGGGAUUUACUCUGGAGGCCUGCAGGAGAUUUGGAUUGAAGGGGCACAACGUUAAGCAAGUUACUAUUGAACAAAUGGAGAUAAAGAACACGGGUUCUUAUAACAUUAUUUGCUCCGGGGACUCACGCAACGUCACCAUAAACCGCUGUAAUCUGCAUGAUGGCGAUGGAGGCAUUUCUAUUGAAGGAGGAGAGUUUACUACCCUAACCCCUUCUGGAAAUCUAGUGACGGAUAAUCUUAUCUGGAGGUUUAGCCGGGAGACGGGGGUGGGGGCAAAUGCCGUGGACCUCAGCGGUGUAGGGGGACGAGUCAGAUAUAACAACAUGCACACUGGUCAGUACACGGCGAUACGAUGGCACGGCAAUGAUCACGUGAUGGAGUACAACCACGUGCACCACACGUGUCAAAAUAGUUCGGACUGCGGUGGUAUUCACGCGGGGAGAGACUGGACGUGGAGGGGUAACAUUAUUCGCAAAAACCACAUUCAUCAUACGCUUCGUUUCGUCCCCGGUGCAGAUGUCAGGGGUAUAAUGUUAGAUGACCA